AUUUCGUUUUUGUUUUCAGCUGCUGCAAAUGACCAAGAAACGGCAGCUAGUUGGUGGUCAUCAUCAGAACAACUCGCUGAAAACAAUGAUUUCUUCUCGUCCCAAGGUGUCUAUCAGACCCAUCCUGGUUUGCUUCCCGGGAACAGUGGGAGAAGAUCACAUGGACCAGUGAAACAUUUGGAUUAUAGGACAUCCUCGACUGCAGAAUUGAGAAGAAAUCCUUCACUGUCAGCUCCUGACGAGUGCGCUAGAGCCUGUAGAGAAGGAGAACCACCAAAAAUAUGUUAUUACCACUUCACAUUGGAGUAUUACACAGUAUUAGGAGCAGCCUGCCAGGUUUGCACCCCCAACGCGACCAACACCGUGUGGUCCUCCUGCCAGUGCGUUUUAGCCGAUGGGGUCGAGAGGGGCAUUCUCUCGGCCAACAGAAUGCUGCCCGGGCCCAGCAUCCAAGUGUGCGAGGGCGACAAGGUGGUGAUCGACGUGGAGAACCACCUCGAGGGUAUGGAGGUGACCCUCCAUUGGCACGGAAUCUGGCAGCGCGGAAGCCAGUACUACGACGGAGUACCGUUUGUCACGCAAUGUCCUAUCCAGCAAGGAAACUCAUUCAGAUACCAAUGGAUAGCCGGCAAUGCCGGAACUCACUUCUGGCACGCGCACACCGGACUGCAGAAGAUGGACGGCUUAUACGGCAGCAUCGUGAUCCGGCAGCCGCCUUCUAAAGAUCCCAACAGUCACCUCUACGACUACGAUUUGACCACGCACGUGAUGUUGUUGAGUGAUUGGCUGCACGAGGACGCGGCCGAGAGGUUCCCCGGAAGAUUGGCUGUAAACACAGGCCAACACCCUGAGAACUUGUUGAUCAACGGCAAAGGGCAAUUCAGAGACCCCAACACAGGCUUCAUGACCAACACGCCCUUGGAGGUAUUCACCAUCACGCCCGGCAAAAGAUACAGAUUCAGGAUGAUCAACUCGUUGGCCUCGGUAUGCCCUGCCCAGCUGACCGUGCAAGGGCACGAUCUGACACUCAUAGCGGCCGAUGGGGAGCCAGUACAUCCUGUCAAGGUCAACACCAUCAUCUCGUUUUCUGGGGAACGAUACGAUUUCGUGAUCAACGCGAAUCAGCAACAAGGAGCCUACUGGAUGCAACUCAGAGGAUUGGGCGAAUGCGGUGUGAAUAGGGUACAACAGUUGGCUAUCCUGAGGUACGCAAGAGGUCCAUACCAACCGACAUCAGCGCCGCCUAGCUACGACUUCGGUAUUCCGCAGGGAGUGGUUCUUAACCCCUUGGAUGCAAGGUGUAACGAGGUUAGGGCUGAUGCUAUUUGCGUGAGUCAAUUGAAAAAUGCCAAAGAAAUCGACAAAGGAAUUUUGCAACCCAGGCCUGACGUGAAGAUCUUCUUGCCAUUCAGAUUCCACGUUUACACGCCUGAGGAUCUCUUUGCCCCCAACACCUACAACAGACAUCUGGUUGCUCCCAAUGGAGACCACGUGAUCAGUUUGAUAGAUGAAAUUUCGUACAUGGCAGCACCUGCCCCACUGAUAUCCCAAUACGAUGACAUUAGUCCGGAUCAGUUCUGUAAUGGGGACAACAGGCCUCCAAACUGUGGACAGAAUUGCAUGUGCACGCACAAAGUCGAUAUACCAUUGAACGCCAUCGUUGAAGUAGUACUAGUAGAUGAAGUUCAACAGCCGAACUUGAGUCACCCCUUCCACCUUCACGGGUACUCCUUCAACGUCAUAGGUAUCGGCAGAUCGCCCGAUAGGAAUGUGAAGAAGAUCAACCUGAAACACGCCCUAGACCUCGACAGGCAAGGUCUGCUCCACAGGCAGUUCAACCUGCCCCCUGGCAAAGACACGAUAGCAGUGCCCAACAAUGGCUACGUGGUGCUUAGGUUCAGGGCGGACAACCCGGGCUUCUGGCUCUUCCACUGCCACUUCCUUUUCCACAUCCCUGUACAAUGGGCAAACAUACAAAAGUACCAUUUCUUGCCUAUAAUUCCAGUGCGGUAUAGUGAUCAUUUCUGUCGAUGCCACCCAUGUUCUUGUUGUACAGUUACAUCGUGAAAGGCUGUGGAACUUGUACUGAUUUUAUUUUCUGUUGGUUAUACCUUUUUACCAAAUGGAUAAAAUUGACUGUCAGAUGCUUAUUAAGUUGCAGACUUCUUCAUUUCAGCAGUAGAUUUCGAAGGAUUUAUUUAUAAUGUCCGUACGUCCAAAUAAGUUAUUCUAUUUCUAAUAUUAGAUACUCCUGACGUACUACUUGAAUUCAUCUCUAGAAAAUAUUCAAUGACACUAAAUAGAACUAACUCCAACGCAAUCAUAAGCAACAGAAGUAUUUAGAAUCACACCCACGUAUCACGCAGCCGCAAUAUGAUCCAGGGGCGUAUCAAAAAAUUUAAAAAAUGUGGCGUCCUUUUAAUAGGACGGUAAGAGAUUUCUGGGUUUAUCGAAAUUAAUGAAUAGACGUACACAGCGGUUUACCCUCCGAUCAGUUACGUCCCUAGUGAGCGUUGCCCGUUCUUACAUUUACGUGUCUAUCUAGUGUAUAAUCUUUGGUUUUAAUGUUUUCGGUUCCGAUGGCUUCGAGAGAGUUCUUUGGUAAGGUGGCUCUACGACUGAUUAUUGUUUUAAUGCUUCCGACAGACGAUGGGGUAUUCAACGAUUUUCAACUUCUAGACCUUUAGGUGCUGUUUAGUCCCGUUAGACCUUUAAUGUCUCAGUUGCGACCCUACAUUUUACCGGAAAAUUUUUUUAUUCAUUCCUCUCCUAUGAAUUUUAGUAAAGAAGCUGAUCUUUAGUAGUAGUAGUUUACAUAAUUCCGUGGAAUUUCCCGUAUCUACUAUCGCCUAUAGCUUUUCGAAAUAUUGUAUCUCGUUUAUUCGACAUUCUGAAGUACUUGAACAGUUCCUGCUCGUCUUCUAAAAGAUCUGGGAAUAGAUGAUGGAAUUCCCCAAAGUGUUGAAUUUUCAGGUUGAUAUCAGGGAUCUAUUUGCGCUUUUUAUUGUUUUUUCUCUGUUUCUUCUUCCAAAACUACACACUAAUCGCCACAAAUUCUUCGUCUGAACUGUUCACUGCGUAAUACUAAUACAACUAGAUCGGGAUAGCAAGUCGCUAAAACUUACUCAUAUCUCAUAUACAAUUUUUUGCGUGGAAUUCCGCGAUAACAUACGAUGGUUCAAAAUUUUUAUUUCUUUCCCUUCCAUUCCGUUCCUUUCCGUUGCUAUCCAGUCCGUUCCACGAUAGUGUGCGGCCUCCUUUAAGACUAUCCUUUCGGGCCCAUUGUGCUCCCACAUUUCCUGGAUGCAGGUCAGGAUGUACUUUAGGAUAUAUGCUGAUAGAACCUUUUUAGAGGAAUCUGGAAACAAAGAUCAUUCUUAUUCUGACUCACCUUGUAUAUACUCUGGUAAUGUUACUUUCCUCAUAAUUUUCAGCUUAUAUGUGGAAACUCUGAUUGUAAGUAAUAUUGAGUAUAGUUCAAGUUUCAGUUUUAGAAUUAUAGUGAAUUAUAAUUUUGAAUGUAUAAAAAUAGCGUAUAUUCGAAUUUUAUUUUCAUUGUUAUUCUUAUUGUUGAAUACGCCAUUGUCUCUUUGAGUUGCCAUCUUAUUUCGGAAUUUUCUCGAAGAAAUCUUUGACUUCAGUUACCUUGACCAAAUUCGGAUUACCGAUUGCUGAAAAUUGAUCUUGCCAUUCAGAAAGAAAUUGGUUUGCUUUUUUUGUUAUUCUACUUUUUGUAAAUUAUAUUAUUAUUUAUCUAUGAUGGUCUCCUUUUCGCCAUAAUUAUUUAAGGUAAGUAUAGGACUCCUACCUCCUUCCUACUAACAUUUUUCAUUUUUUUAGAAGAAAUUUAACAUCACAGUAGCACAAAUUUUGGAGCUGUUGAGAAGCUGAAAUUUUGUAUAUAUUUAUUAUAAUUAUACAGAUGGCAAAAUUUCCUUGGUUAUUUCAGCAUCUCCUGUCCAUUCUGUGAAACUUUGAAACGAUAUUCCAUCAGCUUCUGUUUAAAUUAUCUAACAACUUCACUGUUUACUCAAAUCUGAGUUUUGUUUUGUUCUUCUAUAAUCUGAAACUGGUCAAAUUUAUGUUGUUUUUUAUUUGGGAUAAUCCGUAGUCAGUCAAAUAAUCAGUGGUUUAUGAUUCAUUUCCUUUUGACUUCUUUAUGUAAUUUUAAGUAUUUAACAGUCCCCUGUAUCCAGAAAUUUUGUUGUACAGACGUUAUGUAUUAUUGGAAAAUGGACCACAAUAUAGGUGUAGUUAUUUAAGAUUGUACUAGUCCUCACAGUCUUUUAUAACAGAUAGUCUGUAAAUUAUCAUGUUACUGUUUUAUAAAUAUUGUGUAUAUUAUAUAAAAUAAAAUGUGUAUAAUGUAUA